AUGUCCCCUAAGCUGUUCAACUGGUUCAGUGUUUCCCGAUUCAAGAUCGCGGCUAUAUCGACUCCGGCAGCCAUCAACUCGCUCAAUACUACAAAAGUCUUUAUCAAAUCGAAUAUCUGGCGCAUUGGGAUUCUACAGCUGCUGAAACAUCGACUGGCAAACCCAUCGACGCCCUUUUCUGUCCGCCAAUGGCCUCAGCAUCUUUUCCACAUGACUAUCUCCCCUGGUGGGGCCGACUUGAAAGACACCACCUACAAACCAGUCAACGAAAUCGAUCAAGAGACCUACGAUCUUUACGACCCGGUCCUUUUUGACGGCGCCCCUGUUUGCUUACAGCUUGUUGGGCGAACAAUGCAAGAAGAACAGCUAUUAGCAGUAACUGCGGCAUUGGAUAAAGCACUCAGGCACAGCGGUGUACGCGAGGCCACACCAGAUGAACCAUCGGAAAUUCAUUGCGACAUCGCUUAA